AUGAAGAUCAAGUACACUUCCCUGGUCGCCCUCCUUGCCAGCGCCCUCCCAUUCCUCGUAUCCGCCAUCGUCCCUCCGGGAGCUAGCACACCGCUCUUCUAUCUCGUCUCAUCCACUUCCGUCUCACCUGGUACCUUGAACCUCCUCCCCGUCCUCCUAAACGGCGCACUUUACGGCUCCUCCUCCCCAGCCCUCUUCUACUUCUCCCAAGGCUCCCUCUACGCCCUCUCCUCACCCACUUCAACCUCCCCCUACCGCGUCUACAUCAACUCCGUCCCCGAGCCGACUUGUACAACCUCCGGCGCGCUCUCCUUUACACAGAGCGGGAGCACGACGAACAAAUGUGCAGAGUUUUCGGGGUUCCGGAUACAGAGUGAUACGGAGAAUAGUCAGCUGGGUGCACAGUUGGUGGUUAAUUUCCAGGGGGCUUUCUAUGCUUGUCAGGGAAAUAAUUGGAACGGGACUGAUGGUGUUAUUGUCAAUGACACCGGUAUUGCGAGCGGCUACGUCGUCGCGCUUCAUUUCAUUUCAUGA